GCUCUUGCUGCUGCAACAUAAGCUGCUGUUGCUCUUGAAGAAGCUCUUGCUGCUGCAACAUAAGCUGCUGUUGCUCUUGAAGCUGCUGUAGCCGCAGCUCGAGAUCCUGCGUGGAAGCCAUGGCGAAAACGUUGUCAAAAAAGGGAUCAAACCGCGUUGUGUAGAUGUUAGGUUAAGAUACCUCAAGAACGCGAAUAGCGAUAGACCCCCUCAAUUCGCAACCAAGUGAAUCGCUAUUACGGAAGGACGGUUCAUCACGUGACAAGCUCCUCAACCUGCCCGCUCGCUCGCUCUCUCGAUCGAUCGGAAAGCGUCGAAAAGCGAUUCAAGGGUGUUGGGAUGGCAUGCACGUGCUUCGGGAAGAAACGUAAAUUUCAGCCAUGAGUACCCACCCACUGCUGAAAAUUUUGGUCAAGAACGGACAAAUGCGAUGCAGAAGUCAUUUGCCGAUGCCCAGCGCUUCUUCCGGCCACCCCCAUUGAAGACGCGAAUGGUGGGUCCACUCGUUCAGGAAAUUGGCGGUCGAUCUGGUCCUUUUCCUCCCACUCCUAAGACGGGAAUGUUGGGCCCAUUUGGCACGUUUGGCGCGUUUGGGACGCUCUGCGCACUCGGCCAGAAGGUCGCGCUAGGCCAGAAAAUUGGUGGCCGAUUUGGCCCUUUUCCCUCCGUCUCCCCUUAGCGUCAUGACUGUAAUUAAA